GAUCAGAUCAAACCUCGUCCGUACACGCCACACCCCUUCGCGCGGACAACGGAGAAGACAGCAACGCACAGCCGAUGAGGCCUCUCGGCGCCGUCGCCCUGCUCCUCGUCGCGGCAGCGGCGGCGCCACGGGCGGUGAGCGGCCAGCACUACGGCUCGAUCAGCAGAGACGACUUCCCCGUGGACUUCAGCUUCGGGGCCAGCACAUCAGCUUAUCAGUGGGAAGGCGCGGCGGCGGAGGACGGCCGGACUCCCAGCGUGUGGGACACCUUCGCUCACGCCCACGCCGGUUGGCACUCAGCUGCGAGAGGCGAGGUGGAGGAGAAACACGGCAAGGAUGAACUGCGCCGUGGAGGUGAUGACUCUGUAAAUGGUGACGUGGCAGCUGACGGCUACCACAAGUACAAGGAGGAUAUCAAAUUAAUGAAGGAGACGGGGCUGGAUGCUUAUAGAUUCUCUAUCUCUUGGUCAAGGCUUAUUCCUAAUGGAAGAGGAGAAAUCAAUCCAAAAGGAGUAGAAUACUACAACAAUCUCAUCAAUGAACUUCUUGAUCAUGGAAUUCAACCACAUACAAUGAUUUUCCAGUACGAUCUUCCUCAGAUCCUUGAAGAUGAAUAUGGUGGAUGGUUGAGUCCCCAAAUAAUUGAUGAUUUCACAGCAUAUGCAGAUGUGUGCUUUAGGGAAUUUGGGGAUAGGGUUACCAAUUGGACUACUCUAAAUGAACCUAACGCUUUAGUUUCGCUUGGAUAUGAUGCUGGUAUCGGGCCACCAGGGAGAUGUUCUAAACCAUUUGGAUUUGCUAACUGUUCCUCUGGGGACUCUGUAAAUGAGCCAUACAUUGUAGCUCAUAAUUGCUUAUUGGCUCAUAGCUCAGCUGUGUCACUAUACAGAAGAAAGUAUCAGGCAAAGCAACACGGACUUAUUGGCAUGAAUAUGUUUAUAAAUAACAUAUUACCUUAUACAAAUUCAACAGAAGAUAUAGCUGCAGCGAAAAGAGCACAAGCCUUCUACACAGGCUGGUUCUUGGAUCCUCUCUAUUAUGGAGAUUACCCACUUGUGAUGAAGGAAAAUACUGGCUCCAAGUUGCCAAAAUUUUCUCGAAGCCAGUCUAAACAACUAAUCAGCUCUAUGGACUUUCUUGGUAUCAAUUACUACACAUUUUUGUACGUGAAGGAUGACCCGCAUCAUGCUCCCAGCAACAGAAGGGAUUUCAGGGCUGAUAUGGCUGCUAAAUCAAUAUUUGCAAGCAAUUCUACCACUGGGUUCUCUGUGCCAGGUUAUGGUCUACGGCAAGUGCUUGAACAUUUGAAGCAAUCUUAUGGUAAUCCUCCAAUCUAUAUCCAUGAGAAUGGGUAUCCAAUGCAUCAAGAUGUGGUAUUUGAUGAUGGCCCUAGGGUGGAAUUCUUGAGUGAACAUCUUAAAAACCUGCUUAUUGCUCUCAGGAAUGGUUCGAAUACUAGGGGCUACUUUGCCUGGUCGCUGAUGGAUUUAUAUGAACUACUUAGUGUCGGGGACACGUAUGGGCUGUAUUACGUGGAUUUUGCCAAUGAGGAUCUCAAGAGGUAUCCAAGGAGGUCUGCGAUUUGGUACAAGGAUUUUCUCAAGGGGAGGCGCAUGGAGACAGAGAGAUUCUCCGAUCACUAGCUCUUGACCUCUGGCGUAGACUGCGAUAGCUGUUUUCUGUAACAUGUAAGGUUAAACUGCUCCAUCCCCCCACCGUCGUUAUUCCAAACACACCAGAGCGGCCCAAGUGGAGUGAGAUGGAAGAAUAAGGCGCGCGCUUUUGCCAAUUUUCAACUUUUGACCAUAAAUUAGACCAAUACUGGAGUAAUAUAUUAUCUCCAUCCCAAAUUACCUGUGUUAGACUUGUCUAUAUACAGAUAUAUCUAACAUUAAUUCGGGACUGAGGAAGUAUAUAAUUAUGACUUAAAAAUUA